AUGGAUAGCGGCAAGGCUAUUUUGGUUGAUGUGCUCCAACUGCUGCCGUUAGUAGAAGAGCGGUUAGUUGGAGAUGGUUGUGCUCUGCCAGAUACUUUGGAGUUGACUAGUUUGCGUCAGUCACUAGAAUUAUUAGAGGUUAUGAUUGACAAGUGUGAUACUGUGGUCAGUGCCGAGGAGAUUGAUAGUAUCCUUCAGCGCAUAAAUGUAGCCCGUGAGACUGUUGACCUGUUAUCAAAACGCAGUUCACUUAAUGCUACUAAUGUCCAAUAUCGUGACAUGUUGUUACUUCCGGAGCAUGCUACUACUUGUGAAGAUCGUGUUGUGGACUAUGGGAAAUGUCUGAACAUGAGUAACGAGGAGUUCGAUGCUCUUAUCGAUGAGUGGGCGGAGGACCGUGAUGGUUCAUCUGUUGGUGUGCGAUCCAGGCGUAAGAGCCGUGUUGGAAGUGAUGAUGCUAAGGAGCAGAUCCGUAGCGACCUUGUUAAACUGGCGGAUACAAUGAAAUCCAAGGCACUUUGGUAUCGUGAUUUAUUAGUAAAAGAUAAUGAGGUCUUAUCUAAGUAUACUAUGAAGCAAGAGAAGCAACUGGAUACUGUUACUCAAGUAGCGUCGGAGGCAUCUAAGCUUGCAAAGACAACUAGGUUGUCAUUACGCCAAUCUCUAUUUAUGAUCGCAUCACUGUUCCUUUUGACAGUUUUCAUGUUGAUGAUAUUCAUCAUCACUUGA